CAGAGCAACCACUGCUGGCACUCUCGUAAAAGAAACUUCACUGGACAACUGAGGGUGUUUGAUUACUACAGACGGGAACUUAGCAGUGCACGCCUUCCGAGCACAAGAGCAGAAAUCUUCCAGUGUUUCUGUUCCUUCUCUGAUGGAGCUGUCUUUCGCGUCAGCGAGAUAUACAGAGGACAGGAGACCUCACAGCUGCAAGCUUCUGGAGCUCCAUGUGCUGUUUGUGCCAGCUGACCAGUGGAAUGUGAAGCUCAAUAAAGUCCCUGCUGAAGCCACAGAGAGCUUCGUAUCAGCCGGCUUCAUCAGGGUUUAUCCUGAUGUUACCCUGAAAACUCUUAGGAGUGAGCUGGGCGCUCUCCUUGGUGCACGGAGGAGCGUCAACAAAUUCUCCUUCCUUAAAUGUGUGGGGCGCAGUCUGGCGCUGGUCAAAAGCAAACAGGAGCAAGACCUGAAAGUGAAAGUGUUCGCCCCACCCUAUGCCACGCAGCCGGAGCUUUACUUGCUGCCCGCUGUGGAGAAUGACAGCAGCGUUUGCUCCCGGUCUCUCACCCCUGACACCACCAGCACCUCCCCAGACCACCAGAUCUAUUACCACCCUCCCAAAACGUGCAGCCUGGCAACAGGAACAAAGGAGCCCAUCAAAUUCCCCCAUAUCCCCCAGUAUUCCCAUCAGCCACCUCCCACACACCAGCUAGAAGAAGAGGAGGAAGAAGGGGAUGAUAGGAGCUACAGUUCUUCAGAAGGAGGCGGGGAGAAGGAAGGUGAAACUCUCUCCUUCAUCAGGAGAGCAGAGCAAGAGUGUUUUCAAGGGCAGAAGCAAAGGGCACCCCAGCUUGCUUUGCACACACCCCAACUGCAAGGCUGCAGAGGUGGAGGUAUGCUCUGGAGAAAUGAGCUGUCAGAAAGUCUAGCUCCGUCGUCUCAGCCUGCCAGAUGCGUAUCACCACCUUCAGGUUUAGACUUGGCCACAGUCACCCAUGAAACGGCUGCUUCUCCAGUCCUUCACACAAACAGGGAAGAACUAAUCAGUGAAAUCAAGCUGGUACGGGAGGAGAGAAAGCAGCUGGAGAGGACGCGACAAGAGCUGCUGCGAAAGGGGAAAGACUUGUUAGCCCAGAACAGACACCGCAGGAACCAAGCACGUGACAGCUGGAAAAAGAAAUAUUUUGAAGCCAAGAAGGCCACAGCGCCAUUGGACGAGAACUUGAGAAACUUGAGACAAGAACUGGAGACGUUUUACAACAAAGUCCUGCAUCAGCUGCAGGCCCGAGAUAACAGAGCAAAGCCCAGACACCAAGGAAGAUCCUCCAUGAAGAACGAGCUCAUCAUUCAGAUCAUGACUGAGAGCCACGAGAUUGACAACCUGAAGAGGAAGGUAGAAGAUGCCAAGAUGAAGCUGGUAACGGAGAUAAAGUUGAGAAAACAGGCGGCCACCGAGCUCAGAGCCCUGAAGGCUGAGCUGGCUCAGAAGAAGAGUCUCAUCCCGGCCUGAUGGGAAAUACUCCACAGCACGGGGCACAAGUCCAGAGCAGCGCCACCCAGUUCAGAAUAAACUGCACGUGAAAAACAGGUUUUCUGGUUUAAUUAUUUUGGACUUGAAUGUGUCUUUCUAAUUAGUUAUGUUAUUUUAUUGGACCAAAAUGGUUUGCAUUGUUUUAUAAAGUCGAUUUAAGUUUGGGUUUCUCAGAUGAUGUAAACUCUGAUGUGCUGAGAUAACAAAAUAUCACUGCUUACUCUGUAAUUUCAUUCAAAGAUUUAUUAGAAACAAGUUUUAUUUAUUUAAAAGUGCAUAAAUCUCAGUAAGCUCAGUGUAGGGACGUUUAAAGACUGGCUUUCCUUUUUAGAGAAUCACAGUUAUUUCGCUUAGCAAAGAGGAAUGUAACCCAGUCAAAGGCAGCAGCAAUAAAGGAAACAAUUAACUCUCAAGUGCAAGUAUGCCUCGAAUGCCCCCUUUACUGCUACAAAGGGAGGUGUUGACUUAGCAACAAACAGAGGCGGGCUCUGGGAUGGUUUGUCACGUGCACGGCUAGCAUCCUAAAAGAGCGUUCCACAUCAUUGUUGUCUGUUGCCUGGCGACCGGAUCAUCACUGUAGUCCAAGAUGUUGGCGUUCCACAUGCCAAUACCCCUCAGAUCCUUAGACAUCACCGAAUCCGCCUUUGGGCAAAUACUCUGUGGGUCAUCGUACCAAACUUGAUGGAUUUGUCCGUCCUGGUCCUGAGGAAAGAAGCAACAACAUAAAUUUGAUAAUAGCGCCAUCUUGUGGUCUGAAAAGAUUUGUCCAUCCACCCUGUGGGCAAAUAGCAGAAAUGUUUAGUUGUUUCAGAAGGCUAAUUCCUUCUGUUUGGGAAGUGACACUGCUGUACUUUAACAGUGCAUCCAGAUAAACGGCUCUUCCCUGAAAUACAAGCGCCAUGCAGGCAUGAAGCUAGUCAAACUUAAACUUGGCAAAAUACAAAGAACACAAGCCUGAAGAGACGAUCAUAUCAGUCGAAAUCUUGGUUUGCAUAUUAAUAUUUGAUUUAAAUAUUAACUGGAGCUAAACAGUGCACAGAUCCUUUCUUGCACAUAUUGCCUUUUUGGUCCGAGACCUAAAACAUUUCGCCUGGAAGCAAAAGAACUAAAACCCAAAUAUUUAAAUGCACAUUUAACACCUUACCCAUGCAUUUGUAUACUUCAAGAAGAAAAAGGAUUUAUCCUUAAAAUAUGAAAGAAAAUUGAGCACCUUGUAAUUGAAGUAGGGAGCCUGCUGCUCGUCGUCCCAGAGCCUGCCUGACAUCGAGCUGUUGACCUGCUUCAUGAGCCACUUGUACGGUUUCUGUUUUCCAGCAGCAUCGCUGCAAGGAACUCCACGGAAAGGCACUUUCUCUAUAGAGCACACGCCCUCCUGGUGUGAGAAAAGAAAUGAUGGUGUGUUAUAAUAACAGGCAGAAGUGGCCUCAUAUCACAUAUGGCCCACACUGGGCAAGGUUAGUAAUGCUAUCGGCGAAUAACCUAUACAAAUGUCAUUAUCCCGCCUUUGUUCAGCUGAAUGAACAAACAUCGUGUCCCCGUUCGAGGAUACACCUUUUUUUAAACAUUCUGUUCAAAGGUGAUUCCUUGAAUUCAAAAUCCUGC